UACUGUUAUAACCAGCAUCCUCUCUUUUAAGUUUAUAACAAUUGGCGACGGUGAUUAAAACGGAUCUACGCUUACGUAUUCAGUUAAAGUGAGUUUUGUAUCAAGAAAAUAAAUGAUCUGAAAACCUUAUUGCAACAGCAAAAUACUCUUAUCGAAUUAUUAGUCAAAAAUAUGUCGAUAUCCUCAAGAACUGAUGUGUCUAAUUCCACUAUGACUCCGGAUCCUAUUGCAAAUUCAAUAACUGAAUUUAGAUUUGAUCCAGAAAGUGGAGUUACUUUUGAGGCAUGGUUUAAACGCCAUGAGGAUUUAUUUAUUAAUGAAUGUAAAGAGUGGGACGAAAGUUCGAAAUUGAGAUUAUUAUUACGAAAGCUCGGAGUGUUCGAACAUGAAAAAUUCUGUAAUUUUAUCCCCCCAAAAAAGCCAACCGACAUAACGUUCAAAGAAACAGUUGAAUGCCUGACACGUUUAUAUGGAGAACGGUCAUCAAUUUUUCACACUAGAUACCAGUGUCUUCAACUUGUAAAGAAAGUACAGGACGAUUACGUAACGUAUGCAAGUAUCGUGAACCGGGAAUGUGAGCGGUUCCGAUUACAGGAAAUGUCAUCAGAUCAGUUCAAGUGCCUUAUUUUGUAUGUGGAUUAAAAUCUCCAGUAGAUGCAGAUAUUAGAACACGGAUUCUAAUGAGAAUCGAACAAGAUCCUAAUAUCAGUCUACAAUCAGUAUCUGAAGAGUGUCAAAGAAUAGUUAAUUUGAAGCAUGACACGAAACUCGUAGAAAGGAACAGUGAACACUUUGGAGUCAAAGCUUUACGUAAAUCUUUUGAUGGAAAUAAAGAUUCGAACUCCCAGAAAAUCCCAAAUCAAGUGAAACACAAAACGUCAUGCUGGCGAUGUGUUUAUAAUCUAUUAUUCAUAUUUUUUUCUAUCAUGUUAAAUUGUAAUACAAUCAGUGAAGUCCAACAAUGUUGACCAUGAUAUAAAUACCAAUCAAUGAAUGCAUAAUGGUCUUGCGAUAAUGAUAACUGACUACUAAGUUUUAUACAAGUAGAAAACAGCUUUCAAGUGCUUUUUGGUUCCCAUUAGUUGUGAAACUAAGAUGAUUUAAACAAUUCAAUGAAAA